AUGUACAGCCAAGUCGAGCAUCCCGCUGGAGGCUACAAGAAGCUCUUUGAGACCGUGGAAGAGCUGUCCUCUCCAGUGACUGCCCACGUCACAGGCAGGAUUCCCACCUGGCUGCGAGGAAGCCUCCUGAGAUGUGGUCCUGGCUUGUUCGAGGUGGGCGCGGAGCCCUUCUAUCACCUCUUUGACGGCCAGGCGCUGCUCCACAAGUUUGACUUCAGAGGGCACGUUACCUACCACCGAAGGUUUUUCUCGUAUUUCAAAGGCGUGGAGGUCACUGAUAACGCCCUCGUUAACGUCUACCCCGUCGGUGAAGAUUACUAUGCCUGUACUGAGACCAACUUUAUAACCAAAAUUAACCCAGACACGUUAGAGACAAUUAAGCAGGUGGAUCUCUGUAAAUACGUGUCCGUCAACGGGGCGACGGCUCAUCCCCACAUUGAAAACGACGGGACGGUUUACAACAUCGGCAAUUGCUUUGGAAAAAAUUUUGCGCUCGCCUAUAACAUCAUACGGAUUCCUCCGCUUCAGGCAGACAAGGAAGACCCGAUGAACAAGUCGGAGGUGGUGGUGCAGUUCCCUUGCAGCGACAGGUUCAAGCCCUCCUACGUUCACAGCUUUGGGCUGACUUCGAACUACAUAGUGUUUGUUGAAACACCGGUGAAAAUCAACCUCCUCAAGUUUCUCUCCUCCUGGAGCCUUUGGGGAGCCAACUACAUGGACUGCUUCGAGUCCAACGAAACCAUGGGGGUCUGGCUUCACGUGGCAGAGAAAAAGAAAGGCAGGCUCCUCAACAUCAAAUACCGCACCUCGGCCUUCAACCUUUUCCAUCACAUUAACACCUACGAAGACAACGGCUUUCUGAUCGUCGACCUCUGCACCUGGAAGGGGUUCGAGUUUGUUUACAACUACCUCUACUUAGCCAACUUACGAGCAAACUGGGAUGAAGUGAAGCGGCAGGCAGAGAAAGCCCCGCAGCCCGAAGCCCGCAGAUACGUGCUGCCCCUGAACAUCGACAAGGCUGACACGGGCAAGAACUUGGUCACCCUGCCCUACACGACAGCUACGGCAACCUUGCGCAGCGAUGAGACCAUCUGGCUGGAGCCCGAAGUUAUUUUCUCAGGGCCACGCCACGCCUUUGAAUUUCCGCAGAUCAAUUACAAGAAAUACGGUGGGAAACCUUACACGUAUACGUAUGGGCUGGGGCUGAAUCACUUCGUCCCAGACAGGCUUUGCAAGCUGAACGUCAAAACAAAGGAGACCUGGGUGUGGCAGGAGCCGGAUUCGUACCCAUCGGAGCCGAUCUUCGUUUCCCAUCCGGAUGCCCUGGAGGAAGACGACGGGGUUGUGCUGAGCAUCGUGAUCAGCCCGGGCGCGGGGCCGAAGCCCGCCUACCUCCUCAUCCUGAAUGCCAAAGACAUGAGCGAGGUUGCCAGGGCUGAAGUGGAGGUGAACAUUCCGGUGACUUUCCACGGACUCUUCAAAAGAGCGUGACCGCUGCC